AUGGAGAACUCCUGCCUAAAAAGAUGCCCAAAGUUGCUGGCAGAUUGGGUCCGGGACAAAGACGAUUGGAGAAAUACAAUGGGCUGUGCCCCUUCCCAUAGCGAUAUCGUGCAUCACGUUGCCAAAAGCGGAAUCCAGUUUCUGAAGAAACCCAAAGCUAUUUUGCCAGUACGUCGGGCUGACAAUGACGGAUUCGCUAUCCCAUUACUGGUUAAAGGCUCCACUUCUUUUGACGGUGGCGGGGACUUCUUCUCAGGUGAAAGACGGAGAACGCAGCAGCAAAGUUCCACAUGGGAUCAGGAUGUCACCGAGAACCCCUUCCCGUUCCUUGGGACUGCUCUUCCUUCCAGGGGAAUGGGGCUCCAGGGGACCACCCCAGAAGAAGAAAUCACCGGAUCUGAUCUGAUGGCUGCCCAAAGAAAUCCGGCUGAAGGCGGUCAGGUUGCGAAGCAGAGCUCCGACAAAUCUGACAGGACCAGCUUCUCUAGGGAAGAGAGGAAGGAAAACAAUGCCCGGAAAGGGAAAAAACCCAGGAGUCACAGACUGAGCAAAGAGGGUCACCGGGACAAAGCCAAGACCGGUCUUUCCAUGGGCCAGGCAGACAAGAAGGUAGAUUUCCCAGAGCCGCUGGUAAAGGCCCAUCACAGUGCUUAUGCCUAUCUGCACCCCACCCUCGCCAAAUACGACACCAUAAUUCGUCUGGCCAACCAGGCGGCCCAAACCCAGCUGGCUGUUCAGCAGAUGGUGACCUUCCAGCUCCUGCGCUUUGGUGAAAUCAACCAGCUUUUGGAGGAGAUUGCCCAGGGUGGGGAAGCCCUCCUCAAGGAAGCAGGGGGCCAUCUGGUUUGGCCAGAGGGGAAAGAAGGUGACCAAGAGCGACCAGAUCUCUUGCAGCAGCUCCUGCAAUACACCGUCAACAAGAUGCAGCUGCUCAAUAGCACGGCGGCCUCCCUAACCUCCAGGGCCCUGCAGGACUCCAGCAGCUAUUUUCGAUCCGCUGCCAAUCACUUGGAAGAUAAACUGCACGCCAAGAAAGGAUUUGACAAACGUCUCUGUGGGGCAUUAGCGCUGCUGGAAAGGGCGGCCGUCCGGCCCUGCGGACCCCAGGCUGAUGACCUGCCUCUCCAUUCGGAGGACAGCGGCCUCGGGGCCGACAAUGAAUCCAUCCGUUCCCUGGAUAAACUGGAUACGCAGGUGAGCUGUGAUCAUCCAGUGCAACAGGCUUCGACGGGGAAGUUUUCAUUUCUGGCCCAGAGAGAGGCCGGGGCAGCAGAGGGUCCCUGGCCCACUGGUCCCUCCUCAAGCAGAUCACACGACUGUGCUCUUGAUAGGAACUUUAGGGAUAUAUUUUAUCCUGCCGCACCCAGGAAAGGGACAGCUUCCCUCUCUGGCCCUCCCCAUCCUCCCCGCAAGCCGUGGAACUCGGAGCUGGUGAGAAGCUCUUCCUGGAAUUCCCUUGAGACAGGUGGCCCGGAGGGAUCGGAACAUUUCAGAGAUGACGAGUUGGCUGAUUCUCCGUCCAUCGAUGAGGAUGAGGACAGCAGCCCUAGAGAGGAGGAGGAAGAGGAAGACAACAGCCACACGGGUACAGGGCACAGAAAUCUUCGGCCUCAGAGACCAAAAUCUUGUCCUGCGGCAACAGGAAACAUGUACAGGUUCCCACCCAAGCAGAGGGAGAGUCGGGAGGCCCGGGAAAUGAUCCUGAAGAUGAAGGAUGCAAUAAGUGACAGAAUCAAAUUCGUCCCAGCCAAGCUCAGCCACAGAGAAUGGGCCGAAGAGGAAUCCGGGAAAAUAGUGCUUUCGGCGAGGCCCAGCACGGUCGGGGAAAGCAGACGGGCCCCUGUCGAGCAGAGGAGAUCCAAGUCAGAGGAGUCCCUCAGGAGCCAGGCUGAGGACCCCACCCUUCUAGAGCUCCAGAGGGUCCAGAGAGACCUCAGCCAGAAAUUAGAGAUGUUUUAUGUCCUCAGUGAGAAAAGGCAGGAACCCAGCAGGAGAGAGAUCCUGAGGCCAAGAGCAGCAGCAGCCGUAAAGCAAGACUCUAAUGGCAAUGCUACCUCCAGCUCAACCAUCGGCAAGCUGAAGGCCUCCCUAGCCAAGAAUUUCAGCAUCUUGCCUAGUCAGGAAAAGAUCAUCUUGCAGAAACACCCUCCCGGCUCAUCUAGUCAACCGUCCUGUGAGAGGACCAGCCAGGCUCUCUCUGAGGCUUCUCCCUCUACCCAGGAACCUGACCCAGCUGAGGAGGAAAACGAGGCUCUGGGGACCCAGAGAUGGAGCGGAUGGGGACACGCCACUCGUCCAUCUGUCAAGAAACUCAUCGAAACCUUUAGUCCCCCGGAAGGCCUGAGCACGGCAAAGUACUCCAGAGACUUGGGGCCCAUAAGCUGCAUCAGGAAACUAGGGGUUCCCAUCAUGCCCCCGAGGCUUCCUGCAUACAGAGAGCUGGCUCCUUUGUAUCCCAGGCCCCGUGUUAUUCCAGGAGGUGAGAGAGAGCCUCUCCAGGGAAGCCCACCUCACUGGAUCCCAUCGACAACCUCCUUCUCCCCUCUGCCAAGGGCAGAAGCAUCCCAAAGUGACAUGACUAGUGAAACAGAGGACUCUCUAGAAGACCUUCCGCCACCCCCACCAGAAGUCCUGAUGGACCAUUCCUUCCACUCCCUGCAGACUCCAGAUACCCAAGAGCAGAGCGGCGACUCCACAGAGCUCCACAGCAAGCCAGCCCCAGUGGAACAUGGGCCCUCCAAGAUAACGCCGGCUUCUCAAAGGAUGAAAGCCUCCGUGAAACCCUUCUGCUUGCUACCCAGUAAAAACCUGACAAGCUACAGGCUCCCAGUCACCAGGAUGGAAAGCCAAGCAAGGAAACCUGCCCUCAAUCCCGAUUCUCCCCACGAGGCUGCCCAUGACAGAGAGGAAGCGGAGGAGAUUGCAAGUCUCUACCAGCAGUCCCGAAAGGUAAUUCCCCUGCACCACCCCAGCAACGUGCCUGGACUAGACAAAAGCAAAGAAAACAAGGAUCCCGGAGGAGCCAGGCUCCUCCCAAAGCCAAACUCUCCCGACACACCACGGCCGAGUCAAGAGAAAAGCCAACCUCCGGUCAGAAGGGUCUCUCCGUCAAGGAUUCACUGGUCCCCCCGUACCAGCCCACCUUCCUCUCAUAGAGUCAUCCUGCCAGCCACACAGCCCACCCUCCCCCAGAAUGAAAAGCAGCCCAGCCCCCCGUUGAGCCCCAGAACGUCGAGCCCUCCAACCAGGACCAGGGCACCUAGCCCUCCGACGAGCCCCAAGGUGCCAAGCCCCCCGACGUCAAGAAAACUGCCAUCCCCACCACCCCAACCCAAGCUGCCCCACCCUCUCUGCCACCAACGGAGCCCACCCACUCAGCACAAGCUGCCAAGCCCACCAUCCUACCUCCGGGAAACAAGCCCCCCACCGCUCUGUCCCACCCCAUCACCUCCAACUUCCCCUUCCCAGGGGAUCAAGGGCCCAAGGAAUGCCGGAAAUGGGCAUCAAACAGCAACCAAAGUGGCCAGCAAUACCCGCUCCAUAUUCUGCCUCGCCACCUCAUCGCUUUUCGAAGCCCAAAUCCCAGGGCCACUUGUCGGCUCCCAGCCAGAGGCUGGGGGACAGUCUGCUGUCCCAGGAGUGGGGUGGAGAAGCCGUGUGCACCCAAGGAAGUGCUGGGAUGCCCAGAGACAGACAAACUUAAGUGCCCUCAACCCUCAACCUUACAUCAGGAGGACUUGUUCGGACCGCCGGCCCAGGGGUCCUCUCCAGGUACCUGGUUCUGCCUGCCUCGGGGCCAGCAGUGAACCACUGCUCAGCCAAGCCAGGUAA